AUGCCUCAUCUCCUUCUCUGCGCCCUCCUACCAAUCCUCUAUCUAUCAUCUACCGUAACACCGUUUCUCUUAUACGGUAGGUACUGUCGUGAGGACCGUCGUGCCGUGUUUUGUUGUUUUCCAUUAUACCAAAGUUAUAGUCUGUUCAAAAAGACUUGCUGAACCUUCAGAGGCACCAAAUUCAUCAACUUUUGCCAAAUCAAAAAGUGUUUUUUUUUUACAUUGAAGAACCCAAAGUUAGAAGUUCUCAUAAAGACGAUUUACUGGCCUCUUUUUCUGCUAUUCUGAGAAAAGAAAUCGUUUUUGAACAGACCACACAAUCCGUCUUGGAAUGCUCUCUAUUUCAGUUUUCAUCCGAAAAAAAUCGAACUUUUUUUUUGUUUACAUUGAAGAACCCAAAGUUAGAAGUUCUCAUAAAGACGAUUUACUGGCCUCUUUUUCUGAAUAGCUAUUGGAAAUAAGGACGAACGGGAAAAUAGUUGUUGUUUCUGAUUCAUUUCAUGAGAAUUUCCUCUGAAUUUCGCGGUUUCCACAAAGAUCCAGACUUAUUUUUUACAUACUGUAGCUAGGAGAACGCUUAUCAGCGUUUUUCCUUUUCAAAGAUUUUUUGACUAAAAUUUUUUUCCAGAGCAACGGCGAUCAUUUAAUAAAAGUAUCUAUUUUAUAAUUAACCAAAUCGCUAACAAUUGGUUUGAACCUAAAGGAUUGAAAACGCCCAACUUAAUGGCUUGAUUAACCGGCAAGAAUUGAAAGGCUCAUUUCCUUUUUCCACUUGGCAGCUCACUAAGACUUUAACAGUAUUCGCUCUUCUCAUAUCCUUUUAUGGUCAUCAAAAAACGGAAGUUCAUUCCACUCCCAGCUCGUUUUUUCUGUGAACCAAUUUUAAAGAAUAACUUAAAUAAACGUUUCUGAAGGUUUUCUCUGUAGAAGAGGUUUUUCUUGAUUUUUCUCGAAUUCGAUUAUCCUGUCACUCGUCAUCUUAUCGUCAUUAUGAUCCUUUAAUCUGUGGUGAGAACGAUCGGUAAGUAGUCUAAACCAACCUCUUGAGAAUUUUCUGUGGAUUGGAGUGGGAGACACGCGAUUUCUGACGUUUUUCCCUGAAAAUUUGGCUGUUUUCAAGGCUUUUUUGUAGUUCUUCGCUCCGAUUUCUUCUAGGACAGCUUAAAAACCACUGCCUGCGCAUUGCGAGACGAGGAGAGCGCAGAGAAAACAACUCCCACGCCUUCAAGGCAUGACAUCAGAUGACGUCAGGCCGACUUCCGGAAAAAGCUCGGCGCUAUUUGAGGAAGGGCCACAAGAUGACGUAGAUCCGAACCUUCCGUCUUAUUAUUAAUGACGCCAACUUUUUCUCCCUUUUUCAACUAUUUUGAGUGUUAAAACGAAAAAAAAAAUGUUGUUUGAACUCCUACAAGUAUUUCAAUUUUUAUUUUCAAAGAACAUUGAGUUUUCUCAGGCACUUCCUAUUCACAUCAUCAACCGCUUCUACUGUUCAUUUCACUCCAUAUCGCAAGUAUUAGCGCAGAUUUAUUUUCCAUAAAAAUUGGCACUCACUCAAAAUUUAUCAAAUUUCGCCCUGAAUUCGCGUUGAAAUUUGACUCUUAGCUAAAAGUCAACUUUUUUUAAGAGCUGUUUAUAAUAAAAAUUAUCUGGCAAAGUGGUAUUGCCAAUGUAAAUAAAGAUUUUCUGAAUACCACUAAAAAAAUCACUAUAUAUAUAUAUAGUGAAUUGAUAUCAUCAGAAAAUUUAUGGAAAUUUAAUAGCGAUGCAUAUACUAAUGUUUUUUCAUUAUAAAAAAAAUUUGAAAACCGAUCGCAUGGAAAUGAAAAACUUUUAGGAAGAGAAACUGCACUAUGUUCAUAAUUAUUUUUAAAAUGACUCAUCAAGGCCAACUACAAUGUUCCUCUUUGCCCAGAGGCACUAAUGAUCCCGACGUCGGAUUCGCAAGGUUUCCUCUAAAUGAAUGUUCCCCGAGGCGUUUUCUUCCGCUCAGAAAAAGCAAACACAAAAGGCUCGUGUUUCUUUCAAGGAUAUUCUGCAGGGCUUCAAAAAUGAGCCGAAAAAAGCGUCGAAGCGGGAAGAAGAAAAAGGAAAUGGCCGGUUUCCAGAGAUUUAUUACGUGCAAAAAUUGUGCUCGGCAUAAUCCAACUGCCUUUUCGUUCCCAUCCGACUAAAAAGGACAAAAAUGUCAACGCAGAAUCAGAUUUUCAAAAAAAAAAAAAGAAGAUUCGGGUUGAAGAAAAUUUCUGCCAUCUUUAAAUAGAGGAAACCUCGUAAUAAUGGCAUGAUCCAAGAGUGCCAAUAAUUCCAUUCAAAUUUUAUCUUCUCAAAGUGUAAACUAGUAAAACGAGCCGAGAGAAAAGCCAAUUUCGAGAGCGAAACAAAUGUCGCGGCCGGCAAAUGUCCUAAUCGGCAACUUUACGCUCGCUUCGAUAUAAUUUACAGCGACAUUUUUCAUUUGUGUGUAAAUAUUUGGUGCUUGGGGAAGCUUGGAGGAACAUUAGCGGAAUUGUUAAAACAAUUAAGUCUUUAAAAAUUGAAGAAAAAAGGAAAAUUAGGUAAUUUUUUAAUAAUAAUAAUAUAUUAUACUAUUAUUAUCGUUGUUAUUAUAUUCGACUAGAAAAAAAGUUGAACAUUUUUUUCUGGAGGCCGCUCUAAGGCCGGGCCGGGCUUUACUUAAAGAAUGGCCGACUGAGAGGCUGACGGGCCGGCCCUCGCACAAGCCUGGGGUCAGGCUAGCCCGGGCUUUGGGCCUCUUUUUUUCGAGGAAAAGCCUGCGUGGGCUUGGGCCAGGCUAGGCUUCGAAAAGAAAAAUCUAGUGAACUUUUCUCUUCUUCAUUUUCAUUUUAUUACGUGUUAAAUUUUUUAAGGCUAUCGGAGAUGACUAAAGUGAGAUCUUCAGUCUUCUCCGUAUGGAAGUUAUUUUGACGAAGCUCUCGAUCGAGCAUCCUAUUAAAAUAUAGAAUUAUUUUCAGCGAGUUCUGUUAUUAUUGGUUGAGUGACCGCAAUAAUCAAUUGGAGUCCGGUAAUUGUUUUUUGAAUAUACGAAUGGAUGGCUAUCCGAGACGGAGCGCGGCUUUUGUUGUCGUGUUGUCCACCAGAAUCGUAUAACCUGAAGCAAAAAGCCAAAGGAAUGAGGUUUUUUGCAGGAUGUGGCCUCAGCGACGAUUUGUGCGACUCCAACGAAUACUGCUUUCCUGGUCUGUUGCCCUUUUUGGGAAGAAAAAGGGAUUGAUCCCCUUAGCUAUAGAUACUUUUUUGAAAUACCAGAAAAGCUCCAAUAAAUAGAGAGCUGUAUUUGAUGUCGUCUGAAAUUAAAAAAUUUGAAAUCAUUUUCUUUACGUUGAGAAAAUGGGUUUUCUCAAAAAUUUUUAAUAUAAUAAAAGUUUGAAAAAGUUAGAAAAAAAAUUAAAUAUUUAGCCACGCGUAAUCCAUUUUUGAUUUCGAAUUAUUUUUCUUUUAGAAGAACCAUUUUUUUUUUUGAAUUGGGAAUUUCUCAGAUGGGGUGUUCGGCCAGUGUUACUCUGAAGACAGCGGCGCUCCUGUGCCGACUGCCCUCGAAAACCUUGAUGACACUGAGCUCCAGCUGCUCCAGCUCGAACUUGUCAGGUGAGUAGGGAUCUUUUGGAGUUUUUUUUCAAUUUUCAAUCUAUUCUGAGGGUUUAACAUAUUUUUUUGUUUAAAAAAAUAUUAUUCAAAUCAAUUUUUAUGAACGAGUUGUAAGAGAUAAUAAUUGAAUACUUUACCUUCGUGGUAAAGCUUCAUUUCUAUAUCGGCAAACUUUUCUGGAGGAAUGUUCACAUUUUUCAACCAAAGUAAAACUUGAACUUUGGUCUAGCCAAGAAAAAUAGGAAAAAAAAAAUUACACCAAUUUCAGGCUAGCUUCAAAAAACAAAGAAUGGGCGCACGAAGAGACGCAGUGUGUCCUGGCCUAUUUCAAGCUGUCGAUGGCCUACUCUCUGCAGUACGAUCCAGACUUUUGUCAAGUCCGCAACCCUUCCAACAUCUGGGCUCUCAUUCAGGUCUGCGGCCCUUUGUCCUUCUUUAAAAACCUUUUGAAGCUGAUUGACGUUGGCUUGGCCGAAGAUCCCAGCCUCCUUGAAAAUCCUUCUUCGGAUCAUUCGAUGGAAGAGCUGACAGAUGAGCUCCUGGAGACGUCGAAGCGGAGCCAACUCGACGAAGUCGACGACGUGAGUGACGAGGAGAUGUUGCGAAUCAUCCGACAGCUGAAACAGCCCCUCGUGCCCAGUGAGCAAGAGAUCGAAGGUUGACUUACCCUUUUGAACGAAUUCUGAUUUCAAACAAUGUCAGAUGUGCUGCGAGAUGAGCAGAACGACGAGCUUGUCCAGCAGUACCUUGAGGGGAUCGUUCACAACGAGAACCCAGGUUGUUAUACCUUUGAAAUUGAGAAACCUAGAAGUGACUAGCGCUGAGCUUAGUGUCGGCUUGUAGAUUGGCAAUACAGGAACAUCGUUGUUGAAGAUUUCUCGGCACUCAGCGACGAUCAACUGACCGAGCUCAUUGAAAGACUCGUCGAACUCAAGAACAAUAUGUCCGCUGAGAAUCGAGGUUUUCUUUUUCAGAGAAAGUGGCUGCGAAACUGGAGAGUUUCAGGCGAACAAGAGAUGGUGGUCCCUCUUGAUGCCCUCGGCGAACAACAGAGCAUGCUCAAGAAGGACAUUGAGCGCGUCGGCGAAGUUAACACAGGUAGGUCUUCUGGUACGCGCAGGUCCUAUCAAUGGUUCAGGCCUCGACAACACCGAACACAAGAUCGUCAAAGGCCGCAAUGACGGCGUCACGCGUGUCGCCGCCAAUCGUGUGUACCUUAAGGUUCAAUUCCACUUUUUUCGUUUUCUAUUGUAAGUUUUUCAAUUUUCAGGUCAACAUAAAAGAGGAAAAUCAGUUGUACCCGCUCAUCGAGUUCCUCCAGAACACGAUCGCUCUCCCCAACAACCUCAUCUUCGACGAUUUUCAGUUACUAUCCAGAGAGAGGCUAUGGCUGACGUUGAUUUUUCAAGAUUUGAAAACGGCCAGCUCUCGAUGCGGAUAUCAAGACUGAAAGACGCGAAGCCGCAAAGCAAAAAGCGAAUCGAAAGCGUCGAAGGCGUCGCCCAAGCCGUCUGUGAGUUGAAUUAUCCCUCUUCGGGUAGAAUCGAGAGUCUGAAGAUAAACGUCGAAAAGACAUCGCUCGACUGUCUGGAGCAGAAGUCGCGGAAACGGGAAUCGGCAUCGGCGACGAGUCGCUGCCCAUCGAGUCCACCGACCGCGACUGGAUGCUCGCUCCCGCCUUGUUCGUCUGUGUCUUCACCAUAACGGCGCUCGUCAUCGUCGCUGCGGUGAGAUGACGUCAUUUGAGCGCUCUUCAGAGGAUUCUCUACAGGCUCACCUCGUCAAGUCGCGGCGCCACAGCAAGAACAACAUCCAGCAGAUGGCCGACCAACUCGACGGAAAGAGCAGCUUCGCCUACCAAGUCAGUUGUCCCGGAAGAUAAUCGAGCGAAAAGAAAAAAGAAAUUGAGCACAGACGUUCUGUUUCGACUCCCGCUAGUAGAAUAACAAUAAGGUAGAUCUUGUUUACAAGAAUAUCGGAAUAAUUGGAAUAAAAAAGACCAUUUAGAACUCAGCAAAGUUCCAUCAGAUUCUCAAACUGUGUCUUUUUUAUCCUAUUAGAAUAAUUAUCCUACUUCACUGUGCUGUCUCUUGGAUAAUUGGAUAAUUUUGUUUAAGACCAAAAAAAAUUAUUGGUUUUUUCCACACCGCACUUAAGAAGAACUGUCAUCAACAUCCGCAGAAAGGAAAACUUUCGAAUUGAUGCUUGGAAAACUUUUAUUUCAAAUAUCUGUUAAAAUUGAAAUGCUUUCUAGUUCAUAAUCUGCCUUAGGAUUCCGAACUUUUUGAGAUUCAAAGUAUCAGGCGAAUUUUUGAUUUUUUUUUCGUGAAACUUUUUUUCGGGCUUGGCGGUUUAGUUGAUUUUUUUAAAUCAUUUUUCAGAAUUUUCCCCAUCAAUCUAUAGAACAUUUUCAGAAAAUAAAAAUAAAAAUAAUACAUUGACGCGAGGGGAAGGGUGAAAAAGAAAAAUAUAGGAUAAUGGGAUGAAAAAAUAAAGAAACAAAUAAAAAGGAAAACAGAGGGAACAAUGAUCAACUUUGGAAUGAGUGUGAGGAAGAAGAUAAGGAAAAGCAAUAAUCCGUGUUCAUAGGUAGAGCGGAAUAUAAUUAUGUUGGAUUGAGUCCAAUUUCAAUUAUUUGUAGUGGUAAAUGAGUUUUCUUCAAAUAUCGGACAUGGCUUUUUAUUAAUGUUUAGGCUCCUUGAAAAUCAUCUCGUAGUUGAUAAGCUUGAUUAGAAAUUACAACAAAUACAUUUUUUGAGAAUAGUUUCGAAUGGGUGUUCUCAGGACCUGUGUCGUCAGAGGGCUUCGAUGGACAUUUCCAACGGCGGCCGCGCAAGCAAGAGCAGUUCCACCUCGAGUUGGUGCGACGAAACGGCAGCUCCUCCGGCCAUCGACAUCUCCACAGGCCAUGUGGUCCUUGUGAGUCAGACCUGCUCCAUCCUUCGAAAACCUCCUCCUGCAGAACUUCCUGCAAGAGUGUCUGAGCGAGCCGACCAAGAUGGAAGCUCAGUGGAACGCCAUCAAGGACUACAAGAACGUUCAGAGAGCGACGACGAGAGCAGUUCAGUUCGCUCAACACAACCGCUCCAUUUUGCCAUGUUCGUUAGAAACUUUAAUCAAAUUGAAAAGAAUCGCCAAACUCUGCCAAAAAAAAACGUGACUUGGCAAUAAACCCAAUAACAUAUAAAUAUGUUACUGCGUACGUAUGUUUAGAACGAAGUUUAAUUAACCUUGAGUUUUGGCGUUCUCAUACUCUUGUAUUAUUAAAGUUUAAUUUAAAAAAAUAAAGAAAAACUAAUAUAGGUGUAAUGGACAUGGAAAUUAAAAUUCCGCAUAUUUCUUUCAUUUUUUCUGCUUUUACCGUUGUGCUAAACAAUUUUUAAGUUAUAGGAUCCUAAUUUUUCCAACAGAAAAUCCAUUUUUACGCUGAAAAGUUGAAAAUGGUCAAAACCGAAAAAAAAAAACCUUUUUUCUGUAUAUUUGGCACAUUUAUUCCCUUUCGGUAAGAAAAAAAAAUGGAAACCAGCUAUACAACACGUAAGAAGCUUCCAAAUGCUCAAAGAAAUGGAGAGCUUUCUGGGAAGAGUAGUGAGACGGUUGCAGUCGACGACAACAUCGUGGAAGUCGACGGAGCGAGCCAAGGAGAAGACGGAUACCUCAACGCGAGCUUCAUCUACGACGACGACCCGAAGCAGCCGAUGUACAUCGUCGGGCAGACGCCGACAUCGUCGCAGAUCCGCGCGUUCUGGCAGGCCGUCUGGCAGCACGGCGUGUGUCUUAUCGUCAACGUGUCGACUCUGGAGGAGUGUCGCCAGGAGAAGAACUACUGGCCGGACACCGGCAGUGAGGUCUACGGCCCAUUCGAGGUUCGCUUCCGUCUCGGUUUCACACUUUUUCGGACUCGAAUAGGGCUUUCUUCACUUAGAAAACAAGUUAAUUUCUUUAUUUUGCUCUUAGCUCCGAAUUUCCUGAAAUUACCUCCAUUUGAACUUUUCUUAUUUCUCAGCGGCCAUCUAUGUUUUAUCUUCUCUAACAUGGAAGGUCAUUUUUGCGUAGGGUUUGGAAUUUUCUAUAAAUUUGCUCAAACAAUCUUUGGUGGACUGGGAAUCGAUUCCCCAUAGUCGCUAUCUGCGCAAACUUUUCGUUUUGGAGAUAUGAUUUUUCAAAGUUCUUGUCCUUAAAAACGUGACAAUGUUCGGAAGGAAUGUGUCCGCAGCACAAGUCAUUCCAUGGCAGCUAGGAGCGUGGUGCAGUGGCUAGCGCGGUAGCCGGCGAAGCCUAUGACGAAAGUUCGAAUCUUUUUGCGGCUAUCGUUUUUUGCCUUUUUUUUUUUGACGGAAUAUGAUGAACAUGUCGAAAUUUCAGGAUUAAAAACGUUCCAAAACCGUUCGAUGACCAUUUAAUUCCAAAAAAAAUCUUUGUAGUUUCGGCAUGCAUCGCAUCAUCAAAAUUUUUUUUCUACAAAUGUAUUUGUUCAAAAACGUUUCGGACUACGAAAUUUUGGAUAACAUCACUUCUAUUGAAAUAAACAGGAAAAUUUGAAGAAAAAUUUUUCAAUAAAACUCGUUUGCCAGGUAUUGUAUGGACUUUUCUGUAGCAAAAAGGCGAAAGUUGCCUUUUGAAAUAGUGAAAUUCUACCAAACUCUUAUUUAUUUCAACCAGGGUGUGAGAAGAUCUUCGAUGAUGAUUCAGCGCUUUUUUCAAAUGGUAUCUGCUGUUCUUCAAAAAAAAAAGUCUCUGAUGAUGUGAUGGUCGGUCAUAACUUCAAGACUUUCAAAAGAAACUUUUUGUGAAAAAAGUUAUUUUUGGAAGAAAUUGGCUAUCGAACGGUUUUGGAACGUUUUUAAUCAUUAAAUUUUGAGAUGUUCGUCAUAAUCCGUCAAAAAAAUAAUGGCAAAAAACGAUAGCAGCAAAAAGAUUCGAACUUACGUCAUAGGCUUCGCCGGCUACCGCGCUAGCCAUUGCACCACGCUGCUAGCUGCCUUACAAUGACUUGUGCUGCGGACACAUUCUUUCCGAACAUUGUCACGUGUUUAAGGACAAAAACUUUAAAAAAUCAUAUCUCCAAAACGAAAAGUUUGCGCAGAUAGCGGCUAUGGGGAAUCGAUUCCCAGUCCAUCAAAGAUUGUUUGAGCAAAUUUUCAGAAAAUUCCAAACCCUAAGCAAAAAUGACCUUCCAUGUAAAAGAAAAUUGUUAAAUUUUAACAUUUUACCAUAAUUUAGUGGUCGAAAACAAAAGGUUAGAUAAUUUUUUUCUUUGAAGAAUGCAUUUGAAUUUAAGUUCAAAAAAAGUUUGCUUAAAAGCUGUUUUGAUCAAAUUAAACCAAAUAAAAUCCAAUCGUAUCAUAUUCACAAACUUCGGUCAAGAAAAAAUCAAACGUUUGUUUUAGACUCUGUCUUUUUGAUUCAAAAGCAUCCUAGAACGCUGGUACUGUUUAGAUUCACCUCGUGUCGGAGCACAUCUGGUCCGACGACUACCUUGUCCGCUCGUUCUACCUGAAGAACCUGCAGAACAGCCAGACCCGCACCAUCACGCAGUUCCACUACCUCUCGUGGGCCAAGAAUUCGACGCCACCGAGCGCCAAGAGCCUUCUCGAAUUCCGUCGCAAGGUCAACAAGUCCUACCGCGGUCGCUCCUCAGCCGUUCUAGUCCACUCGUGGGACGGCUCCGGCCGGACGGGUGCCUACUGCGCCGUUGACGUCAUCUGCGCACGUCUUCUCCGCGGCGUCCGUCAAAUUGACGUCGUCGCAACCGUCGAACAUCUGAGAGAUCAGAGAGACGGUAUGUCGUUUCUAUUUCGAUUCGUACUUUAAAGGUAGAAGAGGUUUGGCUGACUCGGCUAUUCAGAAACAAGAGGUUAAGGAUUUUUUAGUGGUUCAAAUUUUAAAAAUUCAAAUUUUUUUACUUGCAAUGAUUUUUAAACAAACAAAAACCUGCCUUAUAUUUAGUUUACAGAAGUUGAAAUAAAGAUAUUUUUCUGCUUAACCUAGCCGAUAGUCUUUCAACUAAAUUUGCGGAUAGGAGUUCUCUCAAUUUCUUCAUUGGUUUCUCUUUUUUUUUUAAUUGAAAAGUCUGUAUGCCAAAUUACUGACAAAUUACAAAUUAAAAAAAUAAACCUUUCUGUUUUUUUAUUCCUUGCAAAAAAAUUUGAUAACGAAAAAAAUGCAUUAUUGUUUUAUCAGAUGAGAAUUUCCAAGGAAAAAUAUUUCAAUUCGUAACUAUAUAUCAUUUACAUUAUAUGUUUGAGUAUUCAAUUAGUCGCCAACUGAGCUUCUUCUCAAAAACAGUCGGAAAGGGGAAAAAGGCAAUAAGGUCGUCCGAUGUUAUCGCUUGUCUCAUUAAUUUGCCGUCUAUGAAUCCGCGCCGUUCAUAUAUGAUGAUAAAUUGCCUAGGAAACCGCCUAAUGGCUGUUCAGCGACCAGCCACUGUUGCUACGUCUUAUUAGGGGCCGUUAACGUUCUUCUAAAGCUUUGAUAGUGACGAAUCACAUUACUCUUGUCAUUCUUUCAUGGCUUUCGUAAAAAAAAAAGUUAGCGCUGCGUUUGAGGUUCAUGCAGUAUCGUAAAUUUAUUGAAAUAGAUCUUCGAGUCUCUAAACUAAUAUCAAAUUGAGCAUUAAAGGCAUGUUAAAAUUCUUUGAACAUACCCGCUUAAUUCGGAAAUUCUUCAAUGAUUUGAAGGUAAAAACUGAACAAAGAAGGAAACUAGUCUUUUUUUUGAGAAUCGAGAUAACUAUAUAAAACUGUACUCGAUAUUUGAAUUACAGGAAUGGUCGGCACCGGCGAUCAGUUCAAGCUAGUGUACGGCUGCGUCGCCCAAGAGGUCAAUCAUGUGCUGAAAUCUUUGUCCCAGUGAACAAACUCCGCCCUUUUCUCCUUCCGAUCUCGUCGCUUCUCCUUUUUCUCCACGGCCAUAUCACCACACGAAAUCCCCCCAUGGCGUAUUCCCCACACGAAAAAAACCUAAUUAAUGAAUCUUGUCGCUGUUUACGAUUUAAAUCAGUAAAGAAAACUAUUGAAGGUAGUUUUGUAUGUGAUAACGUUCCAAACUGGGCGAACAAAACGCUUUCUAAAUCACAAAGAUAAUUUUUUUCAGGAACAACACAGAAAAGAAAAAAACAAAAAAAGAGACGAUUAGAACCGGAAAAAUUUCAAAAAGUUUUACAAAAAAAGUUUGAGAACUUUUUGAAAACAUUUUCUACCUACAAAGGAAAGUUGAAUACUCAUAGCGACAGAAUCAGCUUAUCGUCAUCCUUUUAAUCGUCAUUCAAUCUUGAAAAAAAUAAAAAGAAUAUAUAAAUAUGAAUAAAUAAAAAAAAUUUCGGCCAUCUGGAAUGAUUAACGGUAUAGUCUGUUCAGAUUUUGAAUGUCAAGUCCUCGCUCAAGCUCCUCCCCCUCACAACGCGAUAAACCAAUCAGAGAGCGAGCCAUCCACAGAGCUUUUUCGAAUGACGUCAUUCUAUUUGACAUUCAAAAACUGAAGGGACUAAAUUUACGAAUAUUGGGGGAAAUUUCUAAAAAUUGGCAAGGAUGUGUGACAGCACCAUCUAGGUAAAUAGCAAUUAAAACAUAUUAACUUAUCAGUGGUGGUAAAAUUAUAUAAUCUUUUAUACCAGCAGGCUCGUGCGAGGACCGGCCCGUUAGCCGAUCCUCCGGCCUGGCCGAGGCCUUUUCUCAAAAAAAUAAGGCCCAAAGUCCGGGCCGCCCGGCCUGACGCAUAUUUCUGUAAAACAGAAAGAAAGUUCCGAACACUCGUUAUACGAUUUUAUUUUAUUUUAUUUUAUUUGUUCUUUUGUACUGAACUUUCCUUCCUUUUUCAUACUCGCAUAAAUAUUCAGUCAUUGAUAUUUGUUUGUGUGAUAAAGCGAUUAGGUUACUUCGAAUUUCUGACCAAAUUUUAGAGCAUUCCAAUAUCAUUUCUUCUGAAAUUCGAUAAAAUAAAAUGAUUCAAUUGUUGUUUCUAAAAUAGUUGUAAGCUACUGUCAAACUUUCGAAUCGAGCAUGAGCUCAUACAAAAUUCGAGAAAAAGGUUCUUCGAAUCUGAAGCGUUUCAGAUGGUUGUUGUGUGUGACCGAGAGUCCGUGGCCUUUCUCGAGAAGAAGACGUGCACUACUGCAUAUGCGCCUCUGCAUGGCAUUACACCUGGGACGGCUUCCAACUUGUUUGGUUGGCCGCGCGGGUACGCCUUCAAUCGCCUCGGGACUCUUUGUCGCUCGUAUGUUGCCAUUUUGAAUAAAUGUCAGUUUUGAUUCUCGACAAUCGCUCAUAGUCCUCUUUCUCUAGAUUCAACAAGAUUAUCGUUUGCAGAUUUGAUCUUCUUGUUUUAGAACAGAAAAGCCGUUAGUUUCUCAAAUUUUCGUCGAGAUUAGGCUUCAUGUAUGAACUAAUUCGGAUACAUGUUUUCACUAAAAAGCUCCAUUGAAAGCUCAUUUUUUUAUUAGUUCUGAGCUUUUUUUUAAAUAGGAAAAGUAAGAAACUUCGUAGGGAGAUCUUUUCAAGCUCUUCACCUAGGAAAUACAUUGAAAGCUCCAAAACCCCUUUUUGUAGAAUCAAUUUUCUUGUUAGCAAAAAUAAAUCUGUUCAAAUAGGUCGAAACCAUUUUCUUGACCCUCCGCCUUGUCUUACGACAACAGCUUUGAAUUGAAUCGCUUCGCGAGUUUCGGCAUCGUCGAUGCAACUCGUUUGGCGUCAUAUUUGGGGCCGCCGAUGCCUUCCUUCUCCUUUCUCAUAACAACUCGUCCGCCAUCAUUCACACAGUCACAGUUGAGGGCAUCAUGAGGCACGGCUUCUGCCUCCGCCUUCUGCUCGUCUCCUGCUUCUGGCACGGCUGCCACGGCGUCAAGAUCAUCGACAACGGACUCGCGCCCCCGGAAAUCGUCCACACUCCGCUCUCCACUAAACGUGAGCUCUUUUACUUCGUUCUUUCCAUUCCCUUUCGAAAAAGUAAAACCUUUUUUUGAUCUGCCCGCUUAUUUGAAUUUCAAAGCUCACGAUCCAGGUUAAAGGGGAUACUAAGGAAUUUUUUGAAAGUAAUAAAGUGAGAUCCGUUCUCGAUUGACUUGCUUCACUUGGAAAACAACAAACUGAAUUUUCAAGCUUGAGCGAAAUUUUCUUUCAAAAACGCAUUUUUCUAUAUUUUUGAUUCCUAAUGGUAAAUAUCAUACAAUUUUUCCGCAACAUCAGCCUUUUUUCAAAUUAAAAUAGUUUCCAAAAUUUCUUUCAUAUUUUCAAAAUUAUCGAAUUUUCGUUUUCUCAUGCAGUAGAUAAUGCUCCUUGGGACACAAACGAGUAAGAAGAGCUUCUCUUUCCGUGGAGUGAUUGGCUAAUCGUUUGGAUGUCCUACUCACAAACUCUCUUGAUUUGCGAUGAAUUUUCUUCAAAGGACGGGUCCAUUGAACUAAUUAUUCAGAAAAGAAAAACAAAUUCGUGAUUUCCAAUACUUUCCAAAUAUUGCCUUUAUAGAACUUCAGUCAUGAGUCGUUUUAAUUUUCUUUAUGAUCGAUACUUAAUAUUCUGUUGACCUCGAAUUGAAACAGUCUGUCUUUCUUGCGUUCUCCUUUGUCUCGCCUCGAGAACGUAAAUCUUAGACUUAGAGUGUUGAUGAAAUAAAUUUUAAAAAAACGGCAAAAACGAAAUCAGACUGUUUGAAAUGAAAAAGUGAGGUGUGUAGAUGCUUUUUUUCCCCUUUUUCGAGGCAGUAAAUCAAACAAAAGUUAUUUCUUUUCACUUUCGCCGGUUUGGUUUGCUUUCGGAUCGAUGGACGCUUUUGUAUGGCACCAUUUAUGGUAGUCUAAUGAUUGCGCGACGAAAUGCAAGAAGCCUCUGACGUCAUCUGUCCGAGGGUGAAACCGACCGGUUCAUUUGACUCGCAAUUCGAAAGCGACCUCCUCCCGAGGUCUCGACCUCUCCAAGUUAUCGUUGAAACGAGAGCCGGUUUGUCUGAAAGUUUUGAAAGAAGCAUCUUUCACAAAGGCUCCGACACGAGAAGAUAUCAAUCGAAGACCAUUUCUGCAUUCUUUUGUUUUCAACGUCAAUACUCCAUUUGUUUUUCUAGUCCUUGAUGUAAUCGGUUGCGCUAUGAAGAAGUUUUUUCGCCAGCUAGAAGUUCAAAUUUGUAGUCCAAAAGUAUAAGACAUGCUCUGCUUUUUUUUCAUGGAGCUCAGAUAGCGCCUGGAAAUGUAGGUAAAAUCUCUGGACCUUGGGAACCGUGAAGUCUUGAUUGAAGUCGGAUUUGGAGCUAUUCAGUUUUUCGAUGAAGUCAACAACUUUAUAUAAAAUUGUCUCGUUUAAUAUCGGAUUUCCAGCGCGAUGCAAGGUUUUCGCUCCUCCGCUGGACCUCGUCUUUCUUCUGGACAGUUCGGGUUCGCUUAGAGACAAGUUUCAGGCAAUCGACAAUUCGUUGUACUUUGCAUCAAUAGAACUUCUAGGACGAGAUUGACGUCAUUCGUCGCAUUAUUAACCACGUCACUAUUGGCAACUCGGCGACUAGGGUCAUGCUUAUUCAGUUCAGGUGAAUCUCAUUUUUCUUUUGUUUUUGUUGUUUUUGAAUUUCGAGUGUGUCUAAAGAAUUUUAGGCACAGGAGGAGUUCAAAAAUAUUUUUAUUCAAUUGAUGAAAUUGAGAUGAAUGGAAAACAAAAAUAUCGAUGGCUAAAUUUUAUAAAACUUAAAAAAUGUAGCUUUGAAGGUUUAUUAAUCAUAUAUAUAUAUGUCAAGAUCGGAAAAAUCGGUUUUGCGUUCCCUUUGCACAAGUUUUAUGGACGAAUGUAGAAAUUUAAACUUUUUUUACUUCCUCUUUGUCUUUAUUAUUCUUCACUUCCUUUGUUGAGCAGUGACUUUUUGGUCAAGAAAGUAUCAAGGAGAAAACUCGAAACGGAGAAUAUUUUGUUUCUGCAGUGGGACUCAGCACCUAGAGUUCAACUUCGACAAGUUUGCCGAUCGAGACGAACUUCUGGCGGCUCUGGACGUCCUCCGACAUGUUUCCGGCAUCACUCGCAUCGGCGCCGUCUUCGAGUUUGCCCUCGAAAUGUACAGAACCCCGAACAAUGUUGGUUCUUCGGCCUUACUUUGCUACCGUCUUUCCUCAGGGCUGGCGUGACGCCUCAGUUCCCAAGAUCAUCUACUUGCUCUCCGACGGAAGGACUCAUGACUACCCCAAGGACUGGCAAAUGGCCGAAACCCUCCGAAGGUCUUUAUUUCAACUUUGGAAAAUAGAAAAAAGUCGAUCAGUUCUAUCAAAAGAUCAAGACAUUUUGAAAUUCGAGAAGCGAAUAAUUUCAAUAACUUUUUUCUGGAUCCAGUACCAUCCCGAACGUCGACAUCUGGGCUUAUGGGACAGGCGACUACGUUGCGAUGACAGCAAUCGCCAACUACACGCAGAGCGAAGCCAAGAUAACGACCAACCAAAACCUGCACCAACUGGAAACUCAGUUCGACAAGUUCCACGGGACCGAGAUUUGCGAGGCGCAACCUGGUGAGUUCCCGGCAGGCCAAUACCGAUGAGAUCCGUGAUUCAGUUUGCAUCAAAGGAUCAGACAAGCCGCUCGACCUUUUGCUCGUCGUCGAUGCUUCCGAGUCCCUUGACCACCUUUUUGCUGAUCAGGCAUCUGUGCAGUUUGUCCCGUGUCGAACUCGCUUUUUCAGAUCAAGUUCCUGAUGGACCGUGUCAUCGACAACAUCAACAUCCAUCCGGAGGCAGUACGACUUGCCCUCAUCUCCUACUCAGGAACUGCUUUCGUUCAUUUCAAGUUCAAUUCAUUCAAGUACAACAACAAUUCUGUCAUCAAGGAACACUUGAAAACACUGAGGUCGAUCAAAGGUUGGAAAGAGGAGCAAAAGUUGAAGUGGUUGGAAAAAUUCAGGAACAACGUCGACACAGCUCGCGCUAGAAGACGCCCUAGAUAUGCUAACCUCCGACGAUCCCUCCAUCGGUCAGCUAAUUCCUCAUUCCUGAAAGCAAGUAGAGCAAAAAAGAGUCUCAGGUACUCGUCGAGGGGUUCCAAAAAUGGCUUUGGUGAUGACAGAUGGACAUUCUCAACGGUCACCGAAAGAGAUGGCCGACAAACUCAGAGCUGCCGGUUACAGAGUGCUCCGGGACAUUUUUAGCAGAGAUCUUCAGGCAUCAUUACUCUGGCAGUGAGCGUGACUCCUCGUCCGUUGGUCGAUGAAGCGGAACUGCUUCUCAUUGGCGGAGACCAGAACCGCGCCUUCUCUCCGCAUAACUUACAAGUUGAUGGGCUCAUUUUGGAACUCUGACGAGAUUUAUUUUUUGAGGACUUCGAGGCGGAGUUCAUGAAGCAUGUCGGGUUUGGAUGUGACGGUGUCGAGUUGGCUCCAGAUGCAAGUAGGUUUCGGUACUCAGGCUGACUAAUUCUGAUUGGAAGUGGCAGAACCGAGAGUCCGCGGUGCCACUGACAUCACCUGUGAGGAGAACGCGCUCACCUUGGUGGUACGGACUCAGCGAGCUCUUCAAGGCGUCAUGUACGCCAACAACUUCCACGACGAUGAGAAAUGCAUCUUGGUUGGUGUUCCUGAUAUUUAGUCGUCUUCAGAAGAAAGUUUGAGAGGAAAAACGACGAAUCUCGCGAAGUGAGGUUGACGAUUGUCGAAGGCACAUGUGGACUGACCAAAACUCCUACGCCGGUUGGGAACGGGAAAGGAAUCUUGAAAUUUUGUGCAUUCAGGACGGUCAUGGCUACCACUUCAACCUGACGGUAAUCCUGCAGUUCCAUCCUUUGAUUAUCACCAGAGCCGAUCAGGUUGGUGUUUGAUGCGGGAAAAAGAAGACGUCAAAGGCCAGGGUCUCGACGUCGGCUGCUUCUUGCCCCAUCCCGUGCCGCCACAGGAACUCCAGCGCAGUGUUUCCAAGAACGCCGCCGACUCGAUUUGCGUCUACCGUCUGCAUAGGUUCGUUUCAGAAGGUGGAUCGGAAUUUUUCUUUCCUUCAGGUACGGUCCGACUCAAUGCGUGGCCCUCGACGCCAAGGUUGGAGAAACCAUCUACCACAAAUGGGAGUGCGACACUCGUUUGAUCCUGCAAGAAAGCAAGUCAAACUGUACAGAGUUGCAGCUCCCGAGUACAACUACCUGGUUCAUGAUUGUCACGUUGAGUCGGAGCAAAACACGUUCAGAAUUGUAGAUGAGAAUGGGUGAGAGACUAUUUGAGAUUGAAAAACUCGACUUUAUUUCACUACUGUUUUUCCCAGUUUUUCCCAGAAAGCGCCGACAGUAUAAAAGCGGGAAAACUCACUAAUUUUAGAAGUAGCGCUAUAGACAAGUUUUUAAUAUCUUCUCCAGACGUUUUGAGAUUCGAAGUAGUAAGUUUUCAUGGUUACAAGUCUGGUUUAAAACCAUGUGGUAGAUAACCUCGAAAUGAAUUAUUUGAAAAAAAAUUUCUUUUCUAGUCGCCACAGGAUACCGAGAGAAAGCCUGUCCAAAAAUCAUCCUUUCUUUUUAUAGGUAGGGGCGGACUUCCCCUGCUUCUCUGGCCUACAGCCAAAGCCAUUAAUUCACAAAAAAACUGCCUUGAAGGAUCUUAUUAACACGAGAAAAACCUUACUAGGUGAUACAAAGAAAACAUUUUUGAGAUUUUUCUACCCUUUGGCGUUGAGAAGGUAAUUUUAAUUGGUUUUGAGUAGGCUCCUUCAGAUAUACCUACCAUAAUGUGAAGAGAACUGAAGAAAACUUCGUAGAAGACUGAAACUCGACCUCGAAAAGAUGAAAAACAUCUAUCUCCCUUUCUUGGAAUUUUCUCUCUAAUUCAGAAUUCAAAUUUUCCCAUAUAUGCUUUCGAUCUCGAUUCCUAAUUACUUUCAAUUCAAAGUUGCGAAGUGGACCAACAUUUCCUGGAGACGCCCAACUACUCGAGAUUCUCCGAACACCCCGAAGAGGCGUACGUCUUCCAGGUUGGCGAUCAGCUUGACUUUCUUGACGGAGAUUCAGGAGAUGUCGGUGUUCAAGUUCCCCGGGGACAGCGACCUCGUUUUCCACUGCAAAGUCUCUUUGUGCGACAUGACGGCGUCCAAGUCGACUUGCGCUGCAGCCAUUGUCAGUUGAUUUCCCUUUCCUCUGACUCUUUUGCUGCAGCCGCCGCGCUGUUCGCCGUACAAGCCGACGUUCCCAGUCCGACAGAAGCGCGGCGUCAUCGACAAGUGGCGGUGAAUCCAUUCUUCCAAUUUCCCCCUUUUUUGGAUCGAAGAGCCUAUCCCUUGAGCUUAAUGGCAAAUAUUAUUUAUUUUGAUUUGAAAAAAGAUGAAAAAACUUUUACUUUUCAAAAGUCCGUCUUCAGAAAGUUACAUUUUUUUUUUCGAAUUCUCUCAAUUGCAGAAGAUCGGACGGGCUUCUUUCUCGCUCGCGACGUCAAAUUGUAGAAACCAAAUCUGGGUUCUACAUGACAAUGCACGUCGAGACCAGGCAAGUUCCAGCCCAUUCAACCUUACAAAUUAAAAAUAAUCUAUAAAAACACCUCGACAGAACUCUGAACGUGCUCCUGAGCGAGAGCAUACGUCCCAAGGAUUCGGUCAAGUACUGCGACAUCUCAUGA